UUAGAGGAGAGGGCAGGGGAUGGCAGGCCAGGCCAGGGCCGCACGGUAGAUGAGGAGGUGCAAGUUGAAUAACAGUAUUGCAAAAGCGAACCACCGGAAGGUGGAAGCGAGGGCGACAGACAGACACGACGGGCUCAAAUCCGUAUCUGUAGCAUGCAUUGCGAAGACUUGCACAACUCGGUAUCCAUUCGUUGCUACUCCUCCGCCUCCCCCUCCACCUCCUGCUGCUGCUGCUGCUGCUGCUCCUCCUCCUCCUCCUCUCCCCGCUGGCUACGUCAAGACGUCACCCAAUUCCACGCCCUCCCAUCGCCUUUUGUGGAUAUCAAGAACCGGAGAAUCAUGCUUUCGAUGGGGAUGGGAUGGGAUGGCGUCGAUAGGGUUCUCCCUCAAUCCGAAUUCUCUCUUUCUCUUUCGCUUUCACUCGCUCACUCUCUCGCUCGCUCCGCCCCACGACCUUCGUUUCUCCUCCCCUCCCAUUCAUGCUCGCCUGCUUUUGUGCAUUCGCGAUGUACUUGCUCUUUUCGGAAAGCCCAGCCGGAGACAAACUGCAUGUUCGUUCGUUCAACGAACUCCAUUAAUUUAAUGUUUCCCUUCAGAUUUGGUUUGUUAUUUCCAGUACUCGGUACGUGCCGGAUUUCUUAAUCCUUGCACUCCUUCUUCAUGGCACAUCGUUCCAUCAUCUGAAGCUUCGAGUCAGACUCCGACUCCGACUCCGAUUAUGUUCCAAAUCGCAUCUCGCACUCCCAGGCCCUCUGCUGCCAAGGAAUAAUCUUGGUGAAACAAGCCAUCAGAAAAUCAGAAACUCAGCAAAUCAAUCAGACCAGUCUGUUGUUGGACAAAUCAUGCGGCGGUACGAGCCCGAAUCUCCGAGCCACAUCGACCCAGUUCGCCUUGUGCAACUGAAUCUGGCCCCAUGAAUGCAAAGAAAAUUCGAUUUGAAUUCAAUAGACGACAUCAAAUGAUUGCAUCCUCUGCAUCAAAUUGACUAGUCUAAUUUAAUAUAAAUAGUCCAUCUAUACCUGGAAAUAAUGAAACCUGAAAAAGAAAAUUUGUCAUUAUUGAUUACAUGAACAAAUUUAAUAAUUAAUCUCGAGGAAUAAUUUUGCAAAUAUAACAACAUAAAUGUAUUUACUAGAUCUCA